AUGGCAGACCCGGACGGUGGGUGCCUAGUGGCCCGUGCCGUACCAUGCGCCCUCCCCAGGGCCGCCAACGAUGACGACCUGACCGCUCAGCUCGAGCAGCUUUCUGUCAAUGAUGCCAAAGACCAGGAGAAGAAGAAGCAGCAACGCAAGGAGAUCAACAACAUUUCCCCGGCCGACUACGUCACGCUCCAGAGCAUCCGCUCCUCGGCUCUCGCCAAGAAGACCAACACCACCUCGAAAUUCGGGCGUGGCGGCGCUGCACUCUUUGCCGACCUGCUGAACAAGGGCGAGGACAAGGAGGAGAAGAAGGAGGCCAAGAAGGACGUCAAGAAGGAGGAGGAAAAGAACGAGGAGCCGGUUGGGGACAAGAAGAAGGAGGAUGACGAUGAGAAGAAGACUGAUGAUAAGGAGGAGGAUGAGGAGAAGAAGGAAAAGACCGAGGAGGGCGAGGAGGGCGAACUUCUUGCUCGCGGACCUGUGCGCAGCGGUCACGCUGCCUAUGGACACCACCCGUACAUGUACCGUAUCCCGUACGGAACGGCUGCCCAGACUGUGGUCGAAGACUACUCGGCCUACUCGGCUUACGGCGGCGGUUAUGAAUGCGGAUCGAGCUGGCAGGACUCUCCCGAAUCUCUUGGAUACAUCAGCAGCUCCACUACCCCAGACACCGUACAAUCCGACAUGGGCUACUCGUCAUCUCCACCUCGUCAGUCCCCAUUCACCGACCAUUCAAUGACCACGGCAGAUCUGAACCGUCUUCUCGACUCCAAUGAGCUCCCCGACGCACUCUCCGAUUUCAUCCUCAAGUACUCGCGCAGAUACACCGCCGCCGAGAAGAAGGAGCACGACGAAGACGAGCUUAAGCACCGCCCAGAUAGCACCGACUCGGCCUACGAUUCGCCACUCUCGGCCGGAAGCGCACCACACAAUAGUCCUGGUGCUCCUCGUGGUGGAGUGAGGGGCAACGAGCCGCCAAGGAAAGCUGCGCGCGCUGAUCUCGGAUUCGGAUAUGGACUCCGCCUGGGCUUGGACCUGCAAGUGUAUGCAGUACGCCCCGGGGCCCUGUCGCACCAGGACAACGACCGCGACACCCUCCUCCACAUCGUCACCAUCCACACCGAUCUGGCCAAGAUCUACGCCCUCGUCGAGCAGCAGCUCAAGACCAACUACUCGCGCGACGCCAAGCCGUUCGACCUCCCGAACCGCUUCCACGAGACCCCGCUUUUCCUGGCGGUCGAGAAGCGACGGGCCGAGGUCGUCGCCUACCUCCUUGAGGCCGGCGCCCACCCCAACUCCCAGACGCUGCGCCCAGAACGCGAAUGCGCCAUCCACUACGCCGCCUCCCGAGGCAUGAGCGACAUCGUCAAGAUCCUCUGCUCUAACCCGGAGACCGACGUUAACAAGCUGAACGGCAUGGGCAGCUCGGCCCUGCUGUGCGCCAUCCGGAACCACGGAGCCAUGGACGAGGAGCAGCGCCAGAUCAUCGAUAACAAGGACACCAUCCGGGAGUUGAUGAGGGCCGGAGCCGACCCGAUGCUGGUUGAUGCCACGAAUGGAAAGACCGUCAUCCACUACGCCGUUGAGAGGAUGAACGCCGAGCUGAUCGAGCUGUUCAAGGAGUUUCUGAACGAGCCGCAGAUGACCGAGCUGGUCAACCAGGGUGACUUGUGCAGCGAGACGCCGAUGAUGUUGCUGCAGCAGCAGAGGGCUGAGAAUCCUCAGGCCCAGCAACUGCGCUCGAACCUCUUCCUCACGCUCACCAUCUGCGGCGCCGAGAUCAAGAGGGAA